AUGGGAGAAGGGGGGCGCCUUUCGAUUUCCGCCAGAUCCUUUCCCAGAGUGCUUCCACCGUUGCCUGAGGAACCGAAGUCCUGGGCCGAGGCCCAGCGUGAGCGAGGCUUGCGGCGAGCCGGUCGGGCAGGCGUGGAAGGCGAAGAUACGGAGAACCAGCCACCGCGGAUGAAUGUCGGGGAGAGUGCCAUCGAAAAGGCUUUGGAGGAUGUACAAACGGCUUUGAAGGCCACGGAGAACUUGCGCCUUGGCGGACUCCGCACGCACCGCGGCCACCGACCCCUUCUUACGGACCGGAGUGGCAACGAGACAUCCCGCCACGGCGACAGUGCAGAGCCUCAGGAUGCAAGAAGCUGGCUACGCCAGCCUAAAAUUGUCCGUCGCGACCGCGACCCAGGAAGGCGCCGAGCCAGCACCGGCUCUAUGCCGCAGGUUCUUGACACUACGGGUGCCUCGGCCUCGGAGGCCUUGGCGCGGGCGCGGCGGUUGCAGAAGGAGCGCGUGCGGGCAGAAGAGCGGUCCCGCCGCUUCUCGCUGAGCAUCUCGGACCGGCUGCGAUCUGUUUGCAGGUGA